UCUCUCAAACCCACUGCCAUCUCAGUGGUGGAAAUGUUGGAGUUGGGGAGGGUCGACUUUGAGGUGACAUUGACGCUAUGUAGAUGAGAGUGAGGAUCCUGCGCUCCAUGUUACGUCCCUGCUCGCUUCAACUCAGACGGCGGCAGCUCCUUUCCCCGUCUUCUCUCCCCUCCUCUCUUUCAGCACCACUCCUUUCAGGACAGCACCUCGCUCUCAAAGACGCACUUGUCCACCAUCCUCCCCCCUAAGGAUCAUAUAUUCGCUCGCUGGCGUUGGAUGCAAAGUUUUCACCUUGGUUUUAUUCCCAAAGUGCAAGGAAGUAACUUUUUUUUCCUCCCCAAAUCCGGGUUUUCCCUCUGGGAAAACAAUCUGGAAAACGAAGGGAUUUUAUUGGUCGCAGGACCUCUGCUAUCCGCCCCUGCUUCUGCUCUUCACGCUCUCAUUACUCCGAAAUAUUCGCCUCUUCUCGGCUCUUAUUAUUUGCGAGCUGGACAACGGAGAAGCUGCUCUUUGCCUGGACCGGUGCUGAAAUUCCCUCCUCUCCACUGGUCAGGACUAUCCAACACGCGCAGUCACCAUGGCCACCAACGGGACCAAAGCUACGGACGGACACGUCCUAACGGAGAUGGUGAACGACGCGGCCAGCAGCACCACGCCAAACGACAAACCCAAAACCUUGGUGGUGAAAGUGCAGAAGACGAAAACAGAUUUGCCCGAGAGAGAAACGUGGGGUGGAAAAUUUGACUUUCUUCUCUCUUGUGUCGGAUACGCAAUCGGACUCGGAAAUGUCUGGAGAUUUCCUUAUUUAUGUGGAAAAAAUGGAGGAGGGGCCUUCUUGAUUCCUUACUUUUUGACCCUCAUAUUUGCUGGCAUGCCCUUGUUCUUACUGGAGACGGCUCUUGGUCAGUACACGUCAAUUGGAGGGCUUGGAGUGUGGAAGCUGGCCCCCAUGUUCAAAGGUGUGGGUCUGGCUGCUGCUGUUCUGUCCUUCUGGCUAAAUAUCUAUUACAUUGUAAUCAUUUCUUGGGCUAUUUACUAUCUGUACAACUCCUUCACUACUGAUCUGCCAUGGCAGAGUUGUGGCAAUCCCUGGAACACAGAUCGCUGCUAUACCAACUACAGCAUCAGCGACACCAGGAAUCUCACCAGUGCUGUGGUGGAGUUCUGGGAACGUAACAUGCACCAGAUGACCGAUGGCCUGGAGAAGCCUGGGGAGAUCAGGGUCCCACUGGCUAUUACUCUCGCCAUAGCAUGGGUGCUCGUCUAUUUCUGUAUCUGGAAAGGGGUCAGCUGGACUGGCAAAGUGGUGUACUUCUCAGCCACAUACCCCUACUUCAUGCUGUUCAUUCUGUUUUGCCGUGGAGUCAGUCUACCCGGGGCAAUUGAUGGGAUUCUCUUCUACAUCACACCAGACUUUGAAAAGCUGAAGGAGUCUGAGGUAUGGCUGGAUGCUGCUACUCAGAUCUUCUUUUCCUACGGGCUGGGAUUAGGCUCUCUGAUCGCUCUUGGCAGCUACAAUCCUUUCAAUAACAACGUAUACAGAGAUUCUGUCAUUGUCUGCUGCAUCAACUCCUUCACCAGCAUGUUCGCUGGCUUUGUCAUCUUCUCCAUCGUGGGAUUCAUGGCCAAUGUAACAAAGAGACCCAUCGCUGAUGUGGCAGCCUCAGGACCUGGCCUGGCAUUUUUGGCGUAUCCUGAGGCCGUCACUCAGCUUCCCAUCUCUCCUCUCUGGGCCAUACUCUUUUUCUCCAUGCUGCUGAUGCUGGGUAUCGACAGCCAGUUCUGCACAGUGGAAGGCUUCAUUACUGCACUGGUUGAUGAAUUUCCUCAUGCUCUCCGAAAGCGCAGAGAGAUCUUCAUUGCAAUUGUCUGCCUUAUUUCUUACAUCAUUGGACUGUCCAACAUCACACAGGGUGGACUGUAUGUGUUCAAGCUAUUUGACUACUAUUCAGCCAGUGGAAUGUGUCUGCUCUUCUUGGUCUUCUUUGAGUGUGUCUCCAUUUCCUGGUUUUAUGGUGUAAACAAAUUCUAUGACAACAUCGAGGAGAUGAUUGGCUACAAGCCCUGUUUCUGGUGGAAGGCCUGUUGGGUCGUUUUUACCCCGCUCAUUGUGGCUGGAGUCUUCCUGUUCAGUGCAGUGCAGAUGGUCCCCCUGACCUUGGGUGACUAUGUGUUCCCAGCCUGGGGCCAGGGGGUCGGCUGGUGCAUGGCCCUCUCCUCUAUGACUCUCAUCCCUGGGUACAUGGGCUACAUGUUCCUCACACUCAAAGGCACAUACAAAGAGCGUCUGCGGAUGAUGAUCAAGCCUGUAAAACUGGUGAGGGCUCAGGAAAAUGGCCCUGAUCAGCAGACAGAAAACCAGAGUCAGAACCCCGCCAAUGAGGAAGCCUACAUCUAGAAACUUCUGCCCAUCUCUCUGUCUCAACAGACGGACUGGCUCUCUACACAGAAGAAACGUAAUCAAGGUUGGGAACGACCACCAGACUUCUAUGUCUGCUUUUAUUCACCUACCUCCUGGGGACACGUGAGACCAACCUGAUUACAUGCUUAUUUUUAGGGAUUAUUUUCUGUUUGUUUAUUUGUAUAAUACAGAGAUAUAAAAAAUACCCAGCAAAAUUGUUGUGAUAUUAUGAAUUUCAUUAUGCAAAAAAGUUAGUCUUUUUAGAGAAGAAAAUGUGACUUAGGAAAUUACUGUAUAUUGAAUAUAUAAUUUAAAUUUGGAGGCCCGCAUUGAUUCAAUAGUAUUGUGCUACUUUGAGGAUAUUAAUUAAUCUACUAAGCUACAACUACUGUACAAAGAAAAUUAUUGGUUAAUUGCAUUUUGCUUGUAAAUGAAAUAAAUAAAUUAAAAUGAAUGCAGUGUAGUAAGUGAAAACUCAAUUUGAAAGUUUGUAAAUUGAAAAUUAGAAGACCAAUUUAAGGCAAAGAGAAUAUGGGAAUGUGCAACAGGUAAGGCAAAAUCUGCUUGUAUGUGUAAAAUAUAAUUUAGCAAGAGCACCACAUCCCCCUUCCCCUCCUUUGCAGAAUCCUGCAGUUCUCCUAAAAUGUUUACCACCCAUGUCUGGGGCUCCUUUGAAAAGCACAAGCACAGUUUGGAAUUUCGGAGCGUCCAACUUACUUUUGGCUCAAUUUCAACUUGUGGCAACAGCAAAGUAACUUACAAAGAAAACAUAGCUAGAGACUGUUAUAAUUGUUUCUUUGUUUUCUAAAGAACAAUAACUUUAUAUGUUGUCUGAAUCUUUUUUGUAGAAUUAUUUUUAGGUCGUUUUCUAUAUGUGAGAGUGAGAAGGACCAAAAUUAUACUCGAGUUGAAAGAAUUGUGCAGACACUUCACCCUGUCGACUAUAUGUGGAUUAAAUCAUGCAUCCAUUUUGUCUCAGCAGGGUACAAUACGAAUGCACAAUCACCUAAAAGCACAAUUUUUGGAUGUGUACACUACCAUCUUUAACAAUAAAGGUGUAGCCAACACAGAAAUUCCACAUUUGCACUGUGGGAACUAUAUUUCUCCCUCAGACUGUCUGAUGAAUCCAAAUAUCCUUCUCAAAUAUGACAACCAGUUCAGAACUAAUUUUAUCUAUAUCUAUAUGUUGAACUGUGACAAUGAAUAAGCUGCAAUGGCAGCUGUAAUGGAGACUGUGUGAUGGAUUUAUUUGAUAGCUACCACUGUCUGACUGGAACCGUUUACUUGUUUAUCUAUUUAGUAACCCAUUUCUCAGGAACAAAGGUGGACGUGACCAAAUUCUCUCAGAUACUACCGUUAUACACUGAAAAAUAUAAUGCUGUAUUCAAAGACAUGCAGAAUAUUCAAUUCCCGCCAGAUUCUCCAAUUGAUCCAAAAAUGCUACAUUAAAACAGUAACAAAUGAGAGCACAUGAAGCGAUCUUGAGAACUGAUAUGUAUAAUCACUUGGGCACACCCAAAAGCUGAUCCAAAUGGGUGCCUCUUUUCUGUGUACUCUUCAGCGAGCAUCAUUUCUUUCAGUGUAAAUGAGCUGUGAUAGCCUUCACUGACUUAUCUUAGUAGAAGCCAUUGUGUGUUUCUGUCCUGUGGCGAGUACAGAUUUCCUAUAACAGACUAUGAGGGAGAAAGUUCUGCUUAGUAAAAGAACAAAGCUGGCAAAAGCACUGUUACAAACACAAGGACAAAGCCAGAUGCUGUAGAGGCCAACACCACUAAAUCUACUCCUUUUAGGAUUAUGGAAAACCUACUGUUACAUAUCAAGUUUGCUUGGCAAUAUAUAAGCUGAUAUGUGGAAGCUGACUCUGUGACGUACGGCAAACAUCACUGUAUCACUAAGGAGAAGGAUGGAGAAAAUGUGCUUCUGUCAGCUCAAUGUGAAAGGAAUCAGGUUGAAUCAGUCCCGUCUGUUUCCUUUUGUUUAUCUUUUCUUUUCUCAAAGACAUGUGAAUUAAAAAUGUGCAAUGACAAAGGGUUCCGUGAAUUUUGUAUAAAGUUACAAUACUGCAGUUUUCUCUUUUGAAUGAUGUUGUAAACUGGACUGUGUAAUACAUGUAUCUGUGAAUGUCCGUACAACCUGAGUUUUUUCUUUUCUUCUGUCUAAAUGUUGAACAAAAAAUGUGAUAUUAUUUGCUGUUUUCUGCAAUAAUAUUAUCUCAGAAACUAAAGCACAUAUCUCUCUCAACUGUAAAAAUUAUAAUUACAAUAACAGAAUAGAGUAAUAAUAAAGAUGAUGAUUACAAUAAUAAUAAUAAUGUAAUAUUAAUAAAGUAAUAGAGAUGUCUAGUCAGAGAUUAUUGUUUUGUAUAUUUCUAGCUGUUUCAUGGGCCUAAUGUAAAAUAUUAUAUGUAAAAAAAAUAUAAUAAAUGUCUUUAGAUGGUGUUAUAUGAAAAAGCAUGAUUGCAAUAUAUGUUAUCUGCAAAAAUAAAUAAAGACCUAUAGAUUAU